UUUUGUUCAAAAUGAGGUCUAUUGCAACAAUUCUCCUCGCAAUUUUCAUCAGCGGUGCUGUGAGUACUGAUAACCGUGCAGCAAUGUCUGCAAAAGCUGUAACACUUGGGGUGACUUUUUACACGGCCGCCCAGAUUCAGACGAUUUUGCAAUGCAUUGACCCACAGAUUUUUGCUGCUCCAACUGAUACUACGGCUUUGAUAACAGUUGGCAAGAACUGCAUUAUCAACAACUCGGGCUCCAAAGCGCUUGCUGCAUUGAGUUUGUACACAAAUAUCAACAGUUGCCUCAACCCGGAUGACAUUCUCACUUUGGCUGAGGGGUGGGCCACCCCAUUCCUUAAACUCACAAAAACUCUGACCAACAAGAUUGUUAAAAACUUGAAAGCCUGCAAAAAGGCAGGUACCGCGCAGGAAGCGUGCCUCCAGAAGAUGUACGUCACCGCCAAGGCAGCCAUCACAAAAGCCUACGUGAACAAAAUUUGCACUAAGUUUGUGAAACAGAAUCUGUCUGCAAAACAAUACGCCUGUGCUAUCAAGUAUGCUCCACAAGUGGUUACCGUUACCGGCUACAAGUGCGCCACGUUGACAAUUACUUAAUUUAUUUAAUGGAGUCUUGAUAAGGAA